AUGAGAAUACCUCUUGAUGAACUUGAUGAGGUUCCUUCCCUUACCACUCAACCUCUUGAUGGUGCUUCUUGUUUAAGCCAUGAGACCAGCUACCUGGAUGAUCCGAAGAAAGCUCUUCGGGCCUACUUUGACCGUGAAGGCAUCGACCCCGCACCUCAAUUCGAGUUCGUUGAUCAGCCUAGGUCUCUCGCUACAGGUAGCCGGUCUGGACUCAUGUGCACAAUUCAGUGA